AUUUUGACACAUAAAAAAAAGAAAACGAAAAACUGGCGGUCGUAUAAAAACUUCGUGUUAAACUAUUAAAAUUAAUUAUUUAUUUAGUGCUUGAAAGUUAAAAAAAUAUACAAAGUAAAUAAAUAAAUAAUAUAAAUACAAAAUGCCCUAUGCCAACACUCCAUCGGUAACCAUAACCGAAUUAACCGACGACAAUGUGAAAUUCGUCGUCGAAGACACCGACUUGUCGGUGGCCAACAGCUUGCGGCGUGUCUUCAUUGCCGAAACACCAACUCUAGCUAUCGAUUGGGUUCAAUUAGAAGCCAACUCCACUGUAUUAUCUGAUGAAUUCCUUGCCCAUCGCAUCGGACUCAUUCCAUUAAUAUCCGAUGAAGUUGUCGAACGUCUUCAAUACACUCGUGAAUGUGUUUGCUUGGAUUUCUGUCCCGAAUGCAGUGUCGAGUUUACUCUCGAUGUUAAAUGUGCCGAAGAACAAACACGUCACGUUACAACUGCAGAUUUAAAGUCUAGCAAUCAGAAAGUGCUCCCAGUCACUUCUCGUUUGCAAAACGACGAAGACAACGAAUAUGGAGAGAAUACUGACGAAAUUCUUCUCAUUAAAUUGCGCAAAGGACAAGAAUUGAAAUUAAGGGCUUAUGCUAAGAAAGGAUUCGGCAAGGAACAUGCCAAAUGGAAUCCAACUUGUGGCGUUUGCUUUGAAUAUGAUCCAGACAAUGCAAUGAGACACACUUUAUAUCCAAAGCCAGAUGAAUGGCCAAAGAGUGAACACACUGAGCUGGAUGAUGAUCAGUAUGAGGCUCCUUACAAUUGGAAGAUUAAACCGAAUAAAUUCUUUUAUAAUGUUGAAGCAGCUGGUGCGUUGAAACCGGAGAAUAUUGUUAUUAUGGGAGUGCAGGUGUUGAAGAAUAAACUUUCCAAUUUGCAGACACAAUUGAGUCAUGAAACUCAGAAUGAUGCAUUGGCUGUUUAAGACUUUUUCAUUUUUAUAUUAACCAAUUUUAUGUAAUUAAAUUCAAGAUUAUUUUUUUCCAAUAAAAGAUGAGACAAACAAAA